ACCCCCCCGCCCCCAACCCCCAAAACUUCCCGCCCCAGAAUGAACGAAGUUAGUGUUGUGAGAGAGGGGUGGCUCCACAAGAGAGGUGAAUAUAUCAAGACAUGGCGGCCUCGGUAUUUCAUCCUGAAGAGCGAUGGCUCCUUCAUCGGUUACAAAGAGAAGCCUGAAAUAUCCGACCACAGCCUGCCUCCUCUCAACAACUUCUCUGUGGCAGAGUGUCAGCUGAUGAAGGCUGAGAGACCUCGGCCCAACACGUUCAUCAUCCGCUGCCUGCAGUGGACCACUGUCAUUGAGCGCACCUUCCACGUGGACAGCAAUGAGGAGAGGGAGGAAUGGAUGCGGGCAAUCCAGGCAGUGGCCAACAGCCUGAAGACGCGGGAAGAGGAGGAGCCUAUGGACAUCAAGAUGGGCUCCCCCAGCGACAGCAGUGGCAUGGAGGAGAUGGAGGUGGCCAUGUCCAAGUCUCGGUCCAAAGUGACCAUGAGUGACUUUGAUUAUCUGAAGCUCCUGGGGAAGGGCACCUUUGGUAAGGUGAUCCUGGUCAAGGAGAAGGCCACAGGCAUGUACUACGCCAUGAAGAUCCUACUCAAGGAGGUCAUCAUCGCCAAGGAUGAGGUGGCGCACACAGUGACGGAAAGCAGAGUGCUGCAGAAUACGAGACACCCCUUCCUAACUACACUAAAGUAUGCUUUCCAAACGCAUGAUCGGCUGUGCUUUGUAAUGGAGUAUGCCAACGGAGGAGAGCUGUUCUUCCACCUGUCCCGGGAGCGGGUGUUCACAGAGGACAGGGCGCGGUUCUACGGUGCGGAGAUCGUUUCAGCGCUGGAGUACCUGCACUCGCGGGAUGUGGUGUACAGGGACCUGAAGCUGGAGAACCUAAUGCUGGACAAAGACGGCCACAUCAAGAUCACAGACUUCGGUCUGUGUAAGGAAGGCAUCACCGAUGGAGCCACCAUGAAGACGUUCUGUGGCACACCGGAGUACCUGGCACCUGAGGUGCUGGAGGAUAACGACUAUGGGCGGGCAGUGGACUGGUGGGGGCUGGGCGUGGUCAUGUACGAGAUGAUGUGCGGCCGGCUGCCCUUCUACAACCAGGACCACGAGCGGCUGUUCGAGCUCAUCCUCAUGGAGGAGAUCCGCUUCCCCCGAAACCUGUCGCCUGAGGCCAAGUCGCUGCUCGCCGGCCUGCUGAAGAAGGACCCCAAGCAGAGGCUUGGAGGCGGGCCCGACGAUGCCAAAGACGUAAUGACACACAAGUUCUUCGUCACCAUUAACUGGCAGGAUGUCCUGCAGAAGAAGCUGAUCCCGCCAUUCAAGCCCCAGGUGACGUCGGAAACGGACACGCGCUACUUUGACGACGAGUUCACGGCACAGACCAUCACCGUCACGCCCCCGGACAAGUUUGACAGCCUGGACUGUGAGGACCCAGAUCAGCGCACACACUUCCCCCAGUUCUCCUACUCGGCCAGCAUACGGGAGUGACACUGUGUCAGGCGCACGCACGCAUGCAUGCAUGCACACACUGCGGGAGACUGGGACCACCAACUCCCGGCAACACAUACACUCACAACAUUGACACAGACAGACAGGACACAGCAGGAAGCAGAACCCACAGGGCGAACUGACGGCUGACCUCAUCAGGAGAAAAGUGCCUUUUACUGGCAGCUGUCUAUCCGCUCUCCCCUGGCCACAGCCCAGCCCUUUACACUACACGUGCAGUACCCAGCCUCUGCCAUAGCACUUGAACAGCACACACCCGGCCAGACGGUGGCCACACAGCACACACACCUAUCCUCCCAGAGACUGCAGGAGAAAAA